UGCAAAAUAAAGCUAGCUGUUUAUCACUGGACUAAUGACAGCUGAGGGUUUUUGAAGAGGCGGGGAAAUAGUUGUUUUUUACUGAGUGACAGCCCAAGGAAGUAUUGGUGCCAGUGUUCUUCAUAUCUGAUCUUAAAUGUGGUUCCUGUAUCCUCCUCUCUUGGCAUUUCCUUCCCAGUUGUCUUGUUCCCAUGAUACAGUAGCAGAAAGUAUGAGAAGAAAUAGCUCAUCAAAACUUUUCAACUUAACCGAGAGGCAGUGGGACUCUUCAGAGCAGGCUGCCUACAUUGAGCCUUUCCAAGAUGUCAGAUGUGCCGUGAAGAGGCUCUUCUCAGGCAAACUGCAGCUUCCCAAGCUGUCCUGCAGACACUCCAUGCAGGACCAACCUGAGGAGGACUCAGCAUCCAAACCCAUAGUCUUCAGCGUCAAGCCUUCCCGGGGUCUCGGGACUCUGACCAGCUGUUUUGAUGUAGAGAAUGGAUUGUCAGUGGGGCGUAGUCCUCUCGACCCCCAGGCCAGCCCUGGCUCUGGUGUGGUCAUACAAGCCAACUUUCCUCACAGCCAGCGACGGGAAUCCUUUCUCUACCGCUCGGACUCUGACUUUGACCUGUCACCCAAAGGUCCUUCCAGAAACUCCUCCACUGCCAGUGACCUGGAAGAAAGCUUGAAGCACUGGGAAGUCAACUGGUUGUCAUCUCGGCACACAGAAGACAUGAUAGUCACACCAUUUGCACAGGUCCUCGCCAGCCUGAGGACAGUCCGAAGUAACUUUGCCGUCAUAACCGGCCAGCAAGAUCGCACAGCCAGCAAGACACGAUCCUCAGGCAACAAUCCACCAUCCAUGUGCAAGACCAGUCUCGCAGAGGAGCCUCACCAGCAGCUGGCCAUAGAGACUCUGGACGAGCUGGACUGGUGUCUAGAGCAACUCGAGACGCUGAAAACUCGACACUCUGUCAGCGAGAUGGCUUCCAACAAGUUCAAGAGGAUGCUGAACCGAGAGCUCACCCAGCUGUCAGAAACCAGCCGUUCAGGGAACCAAGUGUCUGAGUUCAUCUCUAGUACCUUUCUAGAGAAGCAACAUGACAUGGACAUCAUGUCUCCCCCCACCAAGGAGAAGGACAAGAAGAAGCGGCCCAUGUCUCAGAUCAGCGGUGUGAAGAAGGCUACCCACAGCCCCAGCCUUGCACCUUCCACCAUCCCUCGCUUCGGGGUCAGCGCCAGCCAAGAAGGUCUCCUAGCCAAGGAGAUGGAGGAUGUUAACAGAUGGGGAAUUGACAUCUUUAAAGUCUCUGAGUAUUCUGGGAAUCGUCCACUGACAGUCACUAUGUACACCAUCUUCCAGGAGCGUGAACUGCUCAAGUCCUUCAAGAUUCCAGGAGAUACCUUCAUUACCUUCAUGAUGACUUUGGAGGAUCAUUACCAUGCUGAGGUGGCUUACCACAACAACAUCCAUGCUGCAGACGUAGUCCAGUCCACACAUGUCUUGCUGUCCACACCUGCACUGGAGGCUGUGUUUACUGAUCUGGAGAUCCUCGCCGCUCUGUUUGCCAGUGCCAUCCAUGAUGUGGAUCAUCCUGGAGUUUCCAAUCAGUUUCUCAUCAACACCAACUCAGAGCUAGCCCUGAUGUACAACGACUCGUCAGUGCUGGAGAAUCACCACCUGGCUGUCGGCUUUAAGCUUCUGCAGGAGGACAACUGUGACAUCUUCCAGAACCUUAGCAAAAAACAGAGACAGUCGCUGCGCAAAAUGGUGAUCGACAUGGUACUAGCCACAGAUAUGUCCAAACACAUGAACCUACUGGCAGACCUGAAAACCAUGGUGGAGACCAAGAAAGUCACCAGUUCAGGAGUCUUACUGCUGGACAACUAUUCAGACCGCAUACAGGUCCUUCAGAACAUGGUGCACUGUGCAGACCUUAGCAACCCCACCAAGCCUCUUGAGCUGUACCGGCAGUGGACGGACCGCAUCAUGGUGGAGUUUUUCACCCAGGGGGACAGAGAGAGGGACAAGGGCAUGGAGAUUAGCCCCAUGUGUGACAAGCAGAACGCUUCCAUAGAGAAGAACCAGGUGGGCUUCAUUGACUACAUUGUUCAUCCUCUUUGGGAGACAUGGGCUGACCUUGUUCACCCAGACGCGCAGGAGAUCCUGGACACGCUGGAGGACAACAGAGAGUGGUACCAGAGCAUGAUCCCCCACAGCCCUUCACCCCAGCCAGAAGGCCAGGAAGAGGGAGCCGCUGGGGAAACGUCAGCACUCAGCGGGGGCGGUGGCUGUACCUCCGCCGACAAAUUCCAGUUCGAGCUGACCUUGGAAGAAGAAGGAGAGUCUGAUACAGAGAGUCCACCUGAGGAGGAGGAGGAGGAGGAGGUCUACAGUAGUAGCAGGGGGCUUGAACUCUCCAGAACUGAUUCUGGCAGCGGAUAUGAUGCGGUGUCUGCUACGACUCGCCUGCUCCCCAAAAUGUUCACUACUGAGGCAGGCAGGACGUUUUCUUUAGACUCAGAUAAAGAAAUGGCAGAAGACAGAGAAACAGAGCAGGAAGGCGUCUCUGGGGUGCACUUCAGACUCGGCACAUAG